AUGAAAAAUGAAGAGGUAACCAGUGGUUAUAUAGCCUACACAGCUCAGGCAGAUCAGAAGACAGGCCCUGGUACUCCUACAGAUGCUCACGCCAGAGCCUUACUGGUUUGCAAUGGACCUUUAGAACAUUAUGACUUUUUGAUUAAGCAGGAAGAGCUGAAGAAUGAUGAGCAACAAAGAAGAGUUGUGGAGCACCUGCAGAAAUUGCAUGAGAGCCUUAAAGGCUACAGCAUUGAUUCAAAAAAUAUUCUUUCAAAGGUCUUUGCCAAAACCAAACCCCCAAAAGGUCUUUAUGUCUAUGGAGAUGUUGGCACAGGAAAGACAAUGGUGAUGGACAUGUUCUAUUCUCACUUAGAAGUAGAAAGGAAAAAGAGAGUCCAUUUUCAUGGCUUCAUGUUGGAUGUACACCAGAGAAUACAUCGCCUUAAGCAGAACUUACCAAAGAGGAAAGCAGGAUUUAUGGCCAAAUCAUAUGACCCAAUUGCACCUGUGGCAGAGGAAAUAAGCAAAGAGGCUGCACUCCUGUGUUUUGAUGAGUUUCAGGUCACUGACAUUGCUGAUGCCAUGAUUCUGAAGCAGCUUUUUGAAAAUCUCUUCCAAAAUGGGGUUGUCGUUGUGGCAACAUCCAACAGGCCGCCAGAAGAUCUCUAUAAAAAUGGGCUUCAGAGGGCUAAUUUUGUACCAUUCAUUGCUGUGCUGAAGAAAUACUGCAGCACAGUCCAGCUUGAUUCUGGAAUAGACUACAGGAAACGAGUGCUUCCAGCUGCUGGAAAACUUUACUACCUCACAAGUGAAGCUGAUGUGGAGGCUGUCAUGGAUAAGUUGUUUGAUGAGCUGGCUCAGAAACAAAAUGAUUUAACUAGACCAAGGAUUCUAAAAGUGCAAGGCAGAGAGCUGAGGCUGAAUAAAGCAUGUGGAACCAUUGCAGACUUCACGUUUGAAGAGCUGUGCGACAGACCUCUUGGAGCCAGCGACUAUUUGGAAAUAUCAAAGCAUUUUGACACAGUGUUUGUUCGUGACAUACCACUUCUUACAAUAGCAAAAAGGACACAAACUCGUCGUUUCAUUACUCUUAUUGAUACCUUUUAUGAGCAUAAGGUGCGCAUUAUCUGUUCCGCGGCAGCUCCUCUCCAAAGCUUGUUCCUGGUGGAACACGGCAGCGGUGAACUGCAGGACAACAGAGUGUUGAUGGAUGAUUUGGACUUGAGCCAGGAUUCUGCCAAAGGACUCUCCAUGUUUACAGGAGAAGAGGAAGUCUUUGCCUUUCAGCGUACUCUUUCACGGCUCACAGAAAUGCAAACUGAACAGUACUGGAAUGAUGGGGACAGAAGCAAAAAAACAUAAUUAAAAGUUGAAUGAAAUCACCAAGAAGUACAAUUACAGCAUGAAAUCACCAAGAAGAAAAAUUGGAAAAGCUUCGGAAAAGAACUGGAAAGCUUUUUAGCACAACUUGAAUAAUAAUUGCACUUUAUCAUCUGGA